GGCUCCGCUCCCGGUGCCGCUAUGUUCCCGCGGCGCCUCGCCUCCUCCCCGCGUUCCCACGUCCCGGCGCUGCUCCCCGCGUCCCGGCGUCCCCCGCUACCCCAGGCCAAUGCCCCGCUCCCCUCAUCGCUCCCUCGCCCCCGCCGUCCGCAGCCUGAAGGUCCCCACCGACUCCCGCCACGCCUCCGAUCCCGCCGCCCGGUCCUCAUCCCCUGCCUCGUCCCCGGUGACCCCCGCCCGAGCCCCGCUUUCCCGAUCUCCCGGUUCCGCGGAGCAUUACGGCCCCGCACGCCCCCCUCGCCGCGCUCCGGCGCCGCGUGCCGCGCACGGCCCCGCAAAGCGCCGCCGCCACUCACCGGGCGGUUGCCGGACUCGGCCCACGUGCACCUGACAGAGCCGCGGCGCACGCUGAUGACGUCACGACGCCGGGCAUCUCCCUCACCUCCAGCCCUGCUCCCCGCGCGCUCGGAUGCCGUCGGCUCCCUUUCGUCCAAUCCCGUGCGUGGGACUCGUCACGUGACGCAGCUGGGAUCGGGUCGCCGCGCCUCGGCGCCUGCAGGCCGCGGCGAGCCCGGCGGGCGCGCUCCGUUAAUGGCUGAGCUAUUGGCCGCCUCGCGCGGUCGUUCCGCCCCGCCGCCGGGAAGAGCCCAUCCGGGGGCGGCCUCGGGGCGGGGCGGGGCCGCCGGAAGCGGGACCGUGGGUUCCCUCCUGCCGCCGCUGCUGCUGCUGCUGUCGCUGUCGCCCGGGGCCGAGGGGACCCCGCCGCGGCUGUGCGGGAGCUGUGCGGGGCCGCCGAGCAACGGCUCCGUCGUGGCCCAGUACUGCGCCUCCAGGGCCGGCACGGAGCUGUGGGGCCGCUGCUGCGUGGGGCGGGGAUCCGGGGGGCAGCGCCUGCUGGGGUUGGACCUCAGCAACUGUUCCCUGCAGAGCCUCCCCAGCGCCUUCAACGAGGCCGCCGCUGCCGUCGUGCUGGACUUGACGGAGAACCCGCUGCCGGCAAUCCCCGAUGGCUCCUUCUCGGGCUUCACGCGGCUGCAGCAACUUGCGGUGCCGUUGGCGGUGCCGUGCCCGGGUGGCAGCGGAGCGUGGGAGGAGGUGACGACGUAUGGCAGCAGCCGCCUGUGCCACAACCAGAGGAACCCCUGCAACGGCUCCGAGGAGCUCGUCCCGCUGUGCCCUGAGAACGCAGCCUGUGCCCCAGACGGCCCCGGCAUGUCGCAGUGCCUCUGUGCCAGCCCUUCCCACGGCUACAAGUGUCUGCGGCAGGGCGCCUUCCCCGUGCCGCUCUUCUGCAGCGUGCUGGGGGCGGUGACGGCAGCGCUGAGCAUCGCGCUGUGGGGCACCCAGCGGCGGCACGCUGCGGGGCCGUGACCGCGACCGGGAGCGGAGGUGCGGGAUGCGGCCGGACUGCGGGGCACGGGGUGAAUAAAGCGUGUGGUUGUGA